AUGGACACGAUGUUGACUGGUAUCACGGGUACUGCAGCAUAUUUGAAUGAUACCAUCGUUAUGGGACACACACAAGAACUGUUUAGCCGACUGAAUGGUAAACGGAUUCAAUAUUAUGGUUUCAGAAUCCGAGAAGACAAAUGUGACUUAUUCAUGGCCACCAUCAAGUAUUUCGGUUUCCUUUUUGACAAAGAUGGACGCCGACCUGACCCAGAGAACAGUAAAUCUAUUCAGAAUAUGCCACCACCAAAGGAUUUGGUUACACUCAGAUCAUUCUUGGGCCUCGUAAGUCAUUGCAAUGCAUUUUUCCUUGAUAUGCAUCGUGCAAUGGACCAACUUGUUGCCAAAGACCAACCAUGGAAUUAA